AUGGCAGCCGAAUAUAAGCAAGUAUUGUUUGAUAUACAAAGACAAGAUGGUAACAAAAAUUGUGUGGAUUGUGGAUCACCGAACCCCCAAUGGGCUUCGGUCUCCUUUGGUAUCUUUAUUUGUUUAGAAUGUUCCGGUAUUCAUCGGUCUUUCGGAGUUCAUGUCAGUUUUGUUCGUUCUAUCACAAUGGACAAAUGGUAUGAUGAUCAAAUAAAAAAGAUGAAACUUGGUGGAAAUACCGUUUGGAGAGAAUUUUAUGAAGUUUCUCCUGAUUAUUACCCAGAAAUGUCUUUACGAGAUAAAUAUCAUAGUAGUUUUGCAUCAGCAUAUCGCGAAAAGGUAAAUUAUUUUAUAAAAUCUGAUCGCUCGAAUAAUAGUUCAAAUAACAAACGUUCAUCAAUUCAAUCGUUUCAAUCAAUUCAAUCAACAUCCAAUAAUUCAUAUCAAUCAUAUCAAUCGAAUGAACCAAUCUCGAAUCUUUCAAAUAAUAAUAAUAGUUUUUCAUCAUCUGAUAAGACGCGUAAUGAAACAUAUUUUACAAAUCUUGGACGUGUUAAUGAGACAAGAACAGAAAAUCUACCACCAAGUCAGGGAGGGAAAUAUACAGGUUUUGUUGUUGGAGCUUUAACGAAAGGAUUUAACUUUUUGGGAUAUCAUGUAUUAGAAGGAGCGAAAUUGGCAGCACAAGGAGCAGAAUCAUUAGGACAAACUGUUAAUGAACAUGUAAUAAAACCAACAGCAGAAAAAGUUAGGGAUCCAGAAUUUACACAACAAAUCUCAGGUUAUGUGGCAGGUAUUGGUAAAACGGUGCGAUCAAAAAAUGAUAAAAAUGAUGACGUAUGGGAAGAUGAAUGGAAUCCUUGGUGA